AUGUCUUCACACGAGACACUAUCGGCAGCAGCCAAUGACCGCAAAUCACGCCUUGCACAGCUCAAGUCGCUCAAGAGAAAGCAAGAACAAAUAUCAGACGCGCCCGAGGCUGCCGAAUCGUCUACUACCAAGGACCAAGCCGAGCCUUCGCAAGCCCUUACGCGUACCGAAGAUGACGCAGAACCCUCCGUAGUGAAGACAUAUCUCUCUGGCAGAAACUACGACCCGGAAACACGAAACGUUAAGCUGGGCUUCGAUAACCUGCCGAUUUCCGACCCCACCAACACACUAGAGUACAAGGCAGAACAGUUGGCACUCGAGACCAAGGCCCAGCAAGAAGCAGAGAAGGCAGAAGACAAGGGGCUGGAUCUAUUCAAGUUACAGCCCAAGAAGCCGAACUGGGACUUGAAGCGAGAUCUGGACCAGAAGAUGAAGCCAUUGCAUGUGCAGACAGAUAAUGCCAUUGCCAAGCUGGUCAGGGAAAGGGUCGAGGCACAAAAGGCGAUACGGGAGAAACAACCACGAGACGAGAACACUGGUGACGAAGUGGGCAUGGAGGGCGCAGAAUUGGUCGAGGCUAUGCACUUGAAGGAGCAGGAGGAGGAGCGGGAAAGGAGACGGGAAGCAGAAGAGGAGGAUAUAAGCUGA